AUGGCUGAUCCCCCACCGCUGUCUCUCUAUGACCUGAUCCGGGAGCACCUGCGCUACGACUCGGACAGCGGGCCUUCCACCCCGCGUCAUCCGAUGCAGUUGAUGUACGCUGAUCUACCGGACGAAAUCUACUACCCGCUCCCAGAGGCCCGCCUGAGCCCGAACUCAAGCGGCACCACCACCAGCAAUGAUGGCCCUGUGGCGGGCAACAGCACCGCCAGCGUCAAUCGGGGCCCAUUCUGUGUCGUGCCCCAAACCGCAGAGCCUUUCCCUACUUUCAAUGAGGAAGAGAGCGCCACCCAUGCUGCGAUGGAGGAAUCCUUCCAGGCAGCUUUUACGGCGGCUGCGCGCACCAAAACCCGAAGUAUCAUCGAGCCGGCCAUUCAGGCACCGGCCGCCCUGAAUUUUGCCAAGGGAGAGACACUGGAGGGAAUGAAAGACCUCCUCUCGAACCAGCAGCUCAGCGAGUCAGCCCGGAAGCGCUUCAUGGCGCUGACCAACAUGAUCCUCAGCCGCGAUCGCGUUCUGUUUCACUCAGACAAAAUUGCGAGCAUGGAGCUGGUCGCUAUUGAGAUCACAGAAGUCAUACUAGUACCUAGAGGAAAUGGCUCUCCAAAUCCAAGACCUGGUCAAAGUCACGGAUCAGGUCAAUGCAAAUCUCGCCACUAUUGUCCAGGCGAUAGAGAAGGACAAGGUCAUCGCUCUCGUGAACUCGGAAGAGGCGUCAGCUGA